AUGUUUAAACAGCUGCUUCGAUCUAAGGUAUCGUUUGGAAUGCUAUUCUACGAUGUACACGCAAACCUCAUCUACAUUCUAGAAUACAACUCUCGACUACUCCAUACUCGUCUUCUACACGUUGCAGUCCCGAAUCCAACCUCUGACAUUCAGACACCCUCCCAAUCAUCCUCCCAAUCAUCCUCCCAAUCAUCCUCCCAAUCAUCCUCCCAAUCAUCCUCCCAAUCAUUCUCCCGUCAACCAUUCUCCCUCAACAUUUCUUCAUGCUUCGCAUGCUCAUUCUAUACCCACCGUUACAUUCACCUCUACAUUCACACUACACACACUACAAACACACUAAACUCACGGCUUGGUUCGACCCCAACACCAUCCUUUUCAUCCUCCAACUCUAUAUAUCCCUCUGACCCGUAA